AUGCCGCAGAAAUACCUGUGCCCGUGCCAGUCCCAGUCGUCGGGGCGCCCGGCAAGGACGGCGAGCCCGGUGCCCCUGGGGCUGCGGGAGCCCCAGGCGAGAAGGGCGACAAAGGGGACCCCGGCAAUCCCGGCCAGCCGGGCCAGCCUGGGCCCCAGGGAGAGCGCGGACAGGACGGCAAUCCCGGACAGGCUGGAGCCCGGGGCGAGGCUGGCGCGGCCGGGAGGGACGGUGCCCCGGGCGCCCCAGGCAACCCCGGCGCCAUGGGAGAGCGAGGCGCCAGUGGAUCCCCCGGAACGCCCGGAAGCCCAGGCCAACAGGGACCGCCAGGUAACCCGGGGCAGCAGGGCAAUCCCGGCAGGGACGGCGCCGACGGACAGCCCGGAGCCGCCGGGGCGCCCGGCGCUCAGGGCCAGCCCGGUGGUCCAGGACCGCAGGGGCCUCAGGGCCCCGUCGGUGUUCCGGGGGAGGAUGGCGCACAAGGCCAAACCGGACAAGACGGCAAGGACGGGUGGCCCGGGAAAGACGGCACUCCCGGCAGAGACGGCACUCCUGGCGCAUCUGGCAGGGACGGGGCGGACGGACAGGCAGGCAAACCUGGGACGCCAGGGCAGCCGGGGACGCCUGGCACGCCGGGGCAACCGGGAGCGCCUGCAGGACAUUAUGACCACAAGGAGGCCAACGAACACGAAACUGGGAGUGGGAAGAGAUGAGGCCGCCAACGAGGUAGGCAAUCCGAUUCUCAUGCUGUCGAGCACGUUCCAGACUUUGAGUGGCCUGACUGGUGGAUGGUCCGUUGUUGAGGCUCUCAUGCACGGGCGAUCAUGCGGCGAGAAAACGGACGCAAGCUGA